UCUUGCGCAAAUCCCCUACGGUCGCCUUUGUACGUGCGCCGCCCGCUGCUUUCCUACUCCUUGGCGCGCGAGGCAUCGUGCGCCUUGCCGCUGUUGCACGCGCGCGCCCUAGCGUGUGCCCCAUUCGCGCCGCCUUUACCUGCGCGUGCGUCUCCUCGCAUUGCGUCGCCUAAUCCUGCCCCGCCUAGGUCUCCUGGCGUUGGCCUCCCACGCGCACGCUUAUCGCUCCCGUCAACUGUUCUCACCCCGAUUGGCGCGUCCUCGCCCAUCGCGCGCUUGUUGCGCACGCCGCCUGCCACCGUCCUGUUCGCGCCGUGUUCUCGCGCCCCGUGCGUUGCACCCAACACUCCUACUCCUAUCAGGUCGCGAUCAUCGCCCAAGUCACCCAACACUGGUCGCGUGCUGCUAACCUUCGUUGCCGGCUCAUCUGCUGCGCAUCCGCGCACGCUCGGCGCUGCCCGUGUAUCCUGCUCCAUCCAACCGCGCGCAUCAUGGGCCGAUGCGCGCCAUUCACUCAUUAGCCGAUCACCGUCGUCUUCUUUGUUGUCGUUUGUCUCCAUCGGCUCGGGCCAUGGUUCCCAUCCUUCCAACCCACUACAAUCUCCAGCUCAUCAUAUCCAACCAUCCUCUACCCUUUGCUUAUCUCUCCUUCGAGCCUCCAUCUUCCAAUCUCGUCUUUUUUCUCGCACAAGGCUUGCACUAACACUUCCCUUCCUUAGCCUUUACAUUGCGUUUCCUUCGAGCUUGCUUGGCCUU